CAUAAAGGUCGCUGUGUGUCUUCUCUCUGUGUUGAGAAGGAAGGGAAACUUGUGAUAGAUUCUAUGUGAAAACCAGCCUUGAUCUUUAAUAAAGUCUAUGAUUUACCCUAAAGGUUCUGAAUCAACCAGUUCCAAAUUAUCUCCUAAAAAUGAUUAAUCAUUAUUUCAUCCUUUUGAUUUACCUUUCUAAAUGCAGCUCAGAUAAUGCAGACGUCGUGACUCAGAAUCAUCUGAAGAUUGUUCAAGCUGGAGACAGUGUUAACUUCACGUGUAUUUUUUCAAAAGAGUCAAGAACUACUGUUGCUUGGGUCAGACAAAGAGCUGGAGAGAAACCCCUUUUAAUCACUUCAUCAUAUCAAGCUCUGCCUGCCGAGUUUGAAAAUGAUUUUGACAAACAUAAUCGCUUUUUUGUAACAAAAGAUGCUGGCAGUUUUAAUCUAAGCAUCACAAAUGUAGAAGAAUCAGACACUGCAACAUACUAUUAUAUUAAAUAUAUAUACAAGUUCACAUUUGGGCAAGGCACAGAUCUCAUUGUUAAAGGCAGACACCUGAACAUGCAGGCUGACCAUCAGACAGCUGUGAUAGAUCCAGUGCAUCCAGAAGACUCUGCAGUGGGACUUCAGUGCACUGUCCUCACUCAGAGCUGUGCAGGAGAACACAACGUCUACUGGUUCAGACGUGAAUCUGGAGAAUCUCCUCCAGGAAUGAUAUUCACUCAGGAGCGCAGGAACGCUCAAUGUGAGAGGAGCUCGGAUGUGAACUCUACUGCACACAAAUGUAUCUACAGCCUGCCCAAGAGAAACCUCAAUCACUCUGAUGCUGGGAUUUACUACUGCGCUGUGGCUGCAUGUGGACAGAUACUGUUCGGAGAUGCAAGAAAACCUGACAUGCCAGUCUGCUCCUCUAAUGCAGAAGUUGUUCAGGAGGAUCAUUUAAAAAUAGUUCAAGCCGGAGAAGAUGUGAACCUCACUUGCACCUUUUCAAAGCUUCUGCAAGCGACAAAAGCAUGGUUUAAACAGACAGCUGAUAGAAAAAACUUGCAGAUUGUAUCUUUAUAUUUAAAACAACAACCCAGUUGGAAUGAGGACUUUGAUAAAACAAAUCGUUUUAAUGUUAUUAAAGGAGAUGAUCAUUUUAAUCUGACUAUUUUAAAGACAAAACUUUCAGACUCUGCAACAUAUUACUGUGUAGUCUCAUCAUAUUACACCAUAGAAAUGGGAGCAGGAGCUAGAUUACUUGUCAAAGAUGCAGCUGUGGACAAACACCUAACUCUUCAGCAGUCUUCAAUAGACACACUUCAUCCUGGGGAUUCUGUGAGUUUACAGUGCAACAUCUUCACUGAGAGCUGUGCAGGAGAACACAGUGUCUACUGGUUCAGACAAAGCUUGGGAGAAGCUCAAGGAGUCCUUUACACAGAAGGAGAGAGAAAUGGUCAGUGCGAGAACAGGACUGGGUCUCAAACACAGAGCUGUGUCUACAGUCUCUUCAAGAGCAACGUCAGUCACUCUGAUGCUGGGAUUUACUACUGCGCUGUGGCCGCGUGUGGAGAGAUACUGUUUGGAAAAGGAACUGAACUAAAUUUUAGAGUCUGCUCCUCUAAUGCAGAAGUUGUUCAGGAGGAUCAUUUAAAAAUAGUUCAAGCCGGAGAAGAUGUGAACCUCACUUGCAACUUUUCAAAGCUUCUGCAAGGGACAACAGCAUGGUUUAAACAGACAGCUGAUAGAAAAAACAUACAGAUUGUAUCUUUAUAUUUAAAACAACAACCCAGUUGGAAUGAGGACUUUGAUAAAACAAAUCGUUUUAAUGUUAUUAAAGGAGAUGAUCAUUUUAAUCUGACUAUUUUAAAGACAAAACCUUCAGACUCUGCAACAUAUUACUGUGUAGUCUCAUCAUAUUACACCGUUGAAAUGGGUGCAGGAACCAGAUUACUUGUCAAAGAUGCAGCUGUGGACAAACACCUAACUCUUCAGCAGUCUUCAAUAGACACACUUCAUCCUGGGGAUUCUGUGAGUUUGCAGUGCAACAUCUUCACUGAGAGCUGUGCAGGAGAACACAGUGUCUACUGGUUCAGGCAAAGCUUGGGAGAGUCUCAAGGAGUCCUUUACACAGAAGGAGAGAGAAAUGGUCUGUGUGAGAACAGGACUGGAUCUCAAACACAGAGCUGUGUCUACAAUCUCUUCAAGAGCAACGUCAGUCACUCUGAUGCUGGGAUUUACUACUGUGCUGUGGCCGCGUGUGGAGAGAUACUGUUUGGAAAAGGAACUGAACUAAAUUUUAGAGAGAGUGUUGGUGUGAAUCUAUCUCUUCUUGCUCUUGGAAUUUUAAACAUCAUAUUUUUGGCUCUUGUUGUUUUUCUGGGAAUAAAACUAUGCAGGGGUGACAGUAAAGUGCCUGCAUCUCAAGAGAGUCGAAAUGAAGACACCCUGAAUUAUGCAGCCAUUAGUUUUGGUCAGAAACCUCUGAAGACUAGAAGAGCCAAAGCAAAGAUCAGUCAGGACCAGUCUCUGUACGCACAAGUUAGAUCACACCAGUGACAUUCACAGGUUUAGAUGUGCAUAUAACUUCUACAAUGUUUACAUGUUUUCAUUAUUAUCUUGUAACAAAACAUUGGACCCAAUCCAUUUAAUUUGUCAGAAUAAUUUCAGUAAUUUCUACUCCAUUUUUAGUUGAUUGAUUUUCUUUAUCUGAAAUUAAAUUCAAAGUACAGUUCGGUAAUGUAAAGUGCAAUUAAUUUUUCACUGCUGACACCACUGUGAUUUUUGUUUUCAGUAAAUUCAUCUAUAAUGCUAUAAUGCUUAUUAGGAUCAUGUCUAGGAUUUUUCCAUAAAAUGGGUGUAGUUAACAAUCUCAUCAAAAUAUGAAUUGCAAAAUGAUCGCUAAAGGUGACCAUAUUUAAAUGCAAUUUAAUGUUUAAAUACUGCGCUAUUUAGGCUUUGUACUCUAUAUUGUUAGACAUUAGAAUUUGUUCGGCAUAGUAAGGAUAAUUGUGGGAAAGAAAGGUAGUGUGUGUUUGUGUGCCCAUGUUUUUUUGUGGAUUCAUGCAUGUAUGUUGUUAGACUGUGUGUUCU